AUGGCUCUCAACAGAAAGUAUGCCGCGCUGCCCGAUCUGGACUCCGCGCCAGACAUCUACGAAACCCCCGAAUUAACAGAUGACAACUCCACCGUACCCGGAACAACACUACGCUCCCCCUCCGACGUAGCCUCCGACGAAGACACAGCCGACGAAGACGGCGGCAUCUCCCGCGCCAAGCUCCGCAUAGACGAAGCCCGCUCCCGCUUCGAAUCCACCCGCUACAAUUCCGCCGGCGUCGACUUCUCCGACCGCGUAGAUAGCAAGCGCAGAUCCUACCGAUCCCGACACCACCGCGUCCUUGACGACGGUACCGAGGAGCUCGGCGACCUCAGCGACGAGGAUGACGAGACCGACGAAGCGUCCGAGAGUCUGGAGCGGAAGAUUGCGAGGUUAAAGCGCGAGGUGGAGGAGGCUAAGGAGGAGUAUGCGCGGAGAAGGGCUACUACGGGUGGUGAGACUAAGAGCGGCGAAGAGGGGGGUCAGGAGGGACUAGAGUCGUUGGGGAGGGUUCUUGAGGAGAUUUCUCGCCCGGCGGGCGUGGCGCGUCCCGUGAGGCUCUCUAAACCCCUCGUUCAGGGGGGUGACGGUACUUCCGGUCACAAUGCUGCCGUCAGCGAGGCUACGUACACGGUCACGUAUGCACCAUCAUACGAGCAGUCUCAUGCUCUAGCCAAAGCGGCCGAGUUCGACCAGAGGCUGCUUGCUCUAGAAAAGUCUCUAGGAAUCGGCACGACAACGAAGGGGUUGGAGAUUGGAGUUAACGGGUUGCCUCGAGCCGUGCUGCCUACGGUUGAUAUGCUAAACAAGCAGAUCUCUGCUCUAGCGCAGGCCUCGACGGCCAACCUCGACUCGAUCAGCCGUCGGGUCCGGACCUUAGUCACAGAUGUCCAGAAUCUAAACAAGGCCAAGGGUAGUGCAGCGAGUGCCGGUGAACAACAGCACAUUGAGAGGUAUGUAGAGGACAGAAUCAAGGAGAACACAGGGAAAGAGUCAGGCGAGGGGGAAGAGGAUGAACAACGGUCCAAAAUCAACGCGCUCUACGGGACACUGGCUACCAUUGAGGCCCUUACUCCUCUUCUCCAGCCCCUUCUCGACCGCCUCAGGUCCCUAAGAGCCAUACACACCGACGCAGCUACGGCGAGCGAGACGCUGGAUCGCAUCGAGAAGCAGCAGGCCGAGACUGCGGCGGAACUGAAGCAGUGGAAGAGCGGGCUAGAGAGGAUUUCCGAAGCCAUGCAAGAAGGAGGCUCUGUCAUGGAGGGAAAUAUGAAGGUGAUGGAAUCUUGGAUCAAGGAUCUGGAGGCUCGAGUCGAGAAGUUGUGA